AUGUCAGAAAAUUUCCGUGUUACUGGUCUGAAUGACUUAGCUGUCUGGAGCCUUUCUGGGGCACAGCGAGGCAGGUGGCUGAUACAGGCGGCUAAGGUGGGGGCGGUGGAGGUGGUGCGGCUGUUGCUGGCGGCUGGGGCGGACGUGAGGGCGAGGGACGAGAGCGGGUGCACCACCCUGCACUGGGCUGCAGAGAGAGGCGACGCGGCUGUGGUGCGGCUGCUGCUCUCUGCGGCAUCCGACCCCAACGCCAGGUCUCUGAAGGGGUGGACGCCGCUGCACUUCGCGGCAUACUGUGGCCGCGCAGAAGCGACGGCUGCGUUGCUGGAGGCCGGAGCCGACAGGGGGGUGUGGACUAAUGACGGGAGGACCCCACUGGACUACGCCGUACUGUGCAACCAUCGUCAGCUCGUCCAGAUGCUAACAGAGCCUUAA